AUGGCGACCCAACCCGCCUUCGUCACCGAGCUGACGGCGACGACGUCACAGCAGCAGCAGCAGCCGCCGCCCUCGGCGCCGCCCCCCGCCGGCCCCUCCCCUUUCGGGGCGGAGCUGCCGGGAGGCCCCGCCCCCGGCGCGCCCCCCCCGGCGCCCCCCCCGGCGCCCCCUCCCCAACAAUUCAUCGUGGUCACCGUGGCGGGUGAGCGCCCCGAAAAACGCCGCGGGUUUGCCCCCAAAAAUCCCCGGCCCCCUGCUCGCGGCGGGGCGGGGGACGGAGGUCUGACCCGAAUUCGCCGGUUUUUGUCCCAAAAGCAGAGGGGCUGCGACCCCCGGAGGGCGCCGAGGGCAGCCCCGCCCCCCCCCGCGCCCCCCCAGCCCGGGCCCAGCCCCGGGGGGCAGCAGGUGCAGCAGCUCCCCCCGGUGCAGCACGUGUUCCCCUACGUGGAGGGGGGCGACGGCUCCUUCCCGCCCCCCGGCGCCAUCCGCUCGGGCUCCUUCCCUUUCGCCGAGCCGCCGCUCUUCGGGCAGAACUCGGGGGGCUUCUUCGAGGGGGGGCCCGGGGGGGCUGCGGUGCAGCCCAGCCCCCCUCCUCAGCCCCCCCAGCACUCGCAGGCCGCCGCCGCCAGCGCCCCCGUGCCCAUGUACGUGGCGGGGGGGCAGAUCUUGGGGACCCCCCCGGCCCAGGGUGGGGGCGGCGGGACCCCCGGAGGAGGAGGAGGAGGAGGAGGAGGAGGAGGAGGAGGAGGAGGAGGAGGAGGAGCCUACGUCAUCCAGGGGGGGUACGUGGGGGGGGGCGGCGGCGCCUACGCUCACACCACCCGCGCCUCCCCCGCCACGGUGCAGUGGCUGCUGGACAACUACGAGACGGCGGAGGGGGUGAGCUUGCCGCGCAGCGCCCUGUACUGCCACUACCUGCUGCACUGCCAGGGCCACAAACUGGAGCCCGUCAACGCCGCCUCCUUCGGGAAGCUGAUCCGCUCCGUGUUCAUGGGGCUGCGCACGCGGCGCCUCGGCACCAGGGGUAACUCCAAGUACCACUACUACGGGCUGCGCAUCAAGGCGGGGUCGCCGCUGCUGCGGCUGGUGGAGGAGCAGCAGCACCUGGCCAUGAGGCAGCAGCCCUUCGCGCAGAAACAGCGCCUCAAGCCCGUGCAGAAGGUGGAGGGCGGCGUCACCAACGGGGUCUCGGCGCGCCGGCCCCCCCCGGGGGUCCCCGACAUCAGCGCCCAGGUGCAGCAGUACCAGCAGUUCCUGGACGCCUCCCGAGCGCUCCCCGAGUUCCCCGAGAUCGACGUCCAGGGCAAGGGGCUCCCCGAGGGCGCGGGCGCCGAGGACCUGCGGCUGUUCCAGCAGCUCUACCGGGAGCACUGCGAGGCCAUCGUGGACGUGAUGAUCAACCUGCAGUUCUCGCUGGUGGAGACGCUCUGGAAAAGCUUCUGGCGCUGCAGCGGCGACAGCGAGGCGCAGGAGGAGGCGGAGCGGCGCCUGCCCCGGCGGCGGCUGCUGCUGCUGGCGCGGCACGAGCCCGUGCUGCGCUGGGUGCGCGACUGCGACCACGCGCUCUACCAGGGGCUGGUGGAGAUCCUGGUGCCCGACGUGCUGCGCCCCAUCCCCAGUGCCUUGACCCAGGCGAUCCGGAACUUCGCCAAGAGCCUGGAGAGCUGGCUGGGCAACGCCAUGGUCAGCAUGCCCGAGGAGAUGGUGCGAGUCAAGGCGGCGGCGGCCGGAGCCUUCGCGCAGACGCUGCGGCGUUACACGUCCCUGAACCACCUGGCGCAGGCGGCGCGCGCCGUGCUGCAGAACACGGCCCAGAUCAGCCAGAUGCUCAGCGACCUCAACCGCGUCGACUUCGCCAACGUCCAGGAGCAGGCGGCCUGGGUUUGCCGCUGCGAGGCGCGCGUGGUGCAGCGCCUGGAGCAGGAUUUCAAGGCCACGCUGGGCCAGCAGCACUCCCUGGAGCAGUGGGCGGCCUGGCUGGACGCCGUGGUGGGCCGGGUGCUGCGCCCGCACCUGGGCACGCCCGGCCUGCCCCGCGCCGCCAAGCUCUUCCUGCUCAAGUGGUCCUUCUACAGCUCGAUGGUGAUCCGGGACCUGACCCUGCGCAGCGCCGCCAGCUUCGGCUCCUUCCACCUGAUCCGCCUGCUCUACGACGAGUACAUGUACUACCUGGUGGAGCAGCGCGUGGCACGGGCGCGGGGCACCUGCCCCAUCGCCGUCAUGGGCGAGUUUGCCAACCUGAGCAGCUCGCUGAACUCGCAGGACCCCGACAAAGACGAGGAAGAGGAGGACGAGGAGGAGAGCGACGAAGAGCUGCCGGCAGAGCUGGGGCUGGGAGGGGCCGAGGGUCCCCCCGACGCGUUGGAGCCCCCCCUGGAGCCCCCCCUGGAGCCCCCCCCGGCCAAGCUGCCCCGGGCCGACCCCCGCGGGCUCUUCGUGCAGGCCCUGCCCUCCAGCUGAGCCCCCCGCCCCGGGGAGGGGGGACAAUGUGCCUUAAGCCACGCCGGGACCGUGCCAAAGCCCCCUCCCCCCGGCGGGAAAAGGGA